AUAAUAAAUUUAUUUUCCUGAUGUCUCACGAUUUUUAGAUAAUAAUUUUUAUUAGUUAUUAGUACUAUAAAAGCUUUGAGAAGAGACGCAUAUUUUACAGUUUAGUAUUGUUUGCCUAUCUCGAAGAAGUCGAAUUAAGAAUCUAAAGGUCACCUGUAAAAAGACAAUACCUACCAGAGAGUUAAUAGCAACGACAAUUUCUAGCUAAACGCAACAAAAAGCAAACAACAUAACCUAAAAGGAAAAAGUGAUUUAUGAUGCCUACAACAUUUAUUUCUCCACUGAAAAACAAUCAUUUCUUUUCAGUGUGUCACUACAUUACAACAUUGGGAAUUAUUUUGAAUAACAAUAACCUGCUUUCAACUACAGCGGAAAAUGAUACCAUACCUGUUCUGAAUGCAUUUUUUGAAUAUCUAAACAAGUCAAACAAUGAGUCAGCGGCAAAAAUCCAUCUUUUUAAAGAAAUGCGAAGUAAAAUUAAUAUUUCUGAUUUUGAAGAUCCGAAUAAUUUGAAGAACGUUAAUGAACUCUAUCAGUACAUAAUUAAUAUGGGUUUGUUUGCCCACUACGGCAACAUUACAGGUUAUGUAAGAAAUGUUUUCAAUGAUAACAACAACGGCUUUUCCAAUCUAAAGGAAAUUUUGUAUCACGAUUUCUCAAACAAUCUCACUACUAAGAAUAUUUGCUCUCUGAGAAAGGAAACCGAAAAACUUCAUUUUCUUGCAAUUGAAAGAAUCUUUGCUGAGUAUGUUUUGCCAAUUUUCACUGAAAUAUGGAAAGGAAAGAAUUUAAAUGUGCGCAGAAACGAUUUGAAAAUAGUAAAACGGUUUAGAAGACAAGUAUCAUCUUCAGAAGACAGUGAUAUUGAUGUUGUAGGAAUGGAUGAAGACCCACCUAAAGUAGAGUAUCCAAUAAGAAAUUUUCGUCUUGAAUUUUUAUCAAACCUAAAAGUUAAUGGUUUAACAAUUUUAAAUCAAGAGAGAGAUUUAUUCUCUAAAAUAGUAACAAAUAUCGCUCUUGAGGAAAUAAUCGAUUAUACAAAUAAUCCACUUGAUCUUUGGCUUCUAGAAAUUACAACUGAUGCAAAUCUUGCCAAUUCUUUAUUUGAUUUAAAAGGAUCGAAAUUUUUUUUUAAUGAUUUCAAAAUACUUACAAAGACUCCAUCCGGUGAAGUGCCGCCAAAAAUAUGGAAACCAUAUACUCAAUCGGAUGAAACAAACGUACUUUAUCAUAUAGUAAGUGAAUCACAAGAAGGUUUUGUCGAUUUGCAUAAAUACAAUAUUCAUAAUCUAUACAUAGUGUUUCCAGAGGUUGAUUUUAAAGUUACAAAUACAAGAUAUGUUGAAAUUGAAAAUAAAUUGUUUUUAAUUAUCAAUCUGAAAAGGAUGAAUUUAUCGCUUGAUAGAUGGUAUAGAAUUAUUAAUGCUACGAAACACAGUGAACUGUCUAAUGCAAGAGAUUCCACAAGGAUGAAAGCUAUUGAAAAAGCUGCAAAAUACAUUUCGUCAAAUGUUCCAUUGAAAAGAUUUUCUAAAGCUGUGACUAUGUUGAAGAGUUUCAUAUUGUCUGUAGGUACAUACAACCCCAAUUUACUGACAUAUAAACAACUGGCUGAAAAUUAUUCGAAUGGCACGACGAUUACUGACUUUUAUUCGCCCUGGAAAAUUGAUAAUAGCAAAUACAUAAAUGAUGUACUAUAUGAAUCAAAAUUUUAUUUUCAAUAUAACUCUAAUCAUUAUAAGUGGAAUUCAGAGAUAAAUUUUAAAUCAACAACGAAAUCCUUUCUUGAUCACUAUUAUGAUAGGUACAAAGCAGACUUGGAUAUUUUCCACAAGAAAAUCAGAUUUGAAGAUUUUUAUAGAAUUCACUGGUUAUUAGUCAUGGCAAACUUUCCACAUGUGACAAAACAUGAGAAAGUUUCACUUUUGAGAGUGGCUCUCAGACAAUGUGACGAGGAAUUGAAUGAAGAGCCAAUUGUACUCUAUCAGGCUUUCUAUGCGACCGAUACUUAUUCUAACAUAAACCUAUAUACAAGAGAGCAUGUAACUUUAAAAGGAAAUGUACCAUGCAGUAGAAAUCGUAGUCUUGUACUAUCAAGCGCCUUAAAUGAUUCUACUGGUACAGGAAUAUUAUUUUUUUUCAAAAUAAAAAUUAAUAAUCGUUGUGGAGUAGCAGACGUUUAUCAAUUUUUCAAGAAUGAAGUCAAGUCACAUUUUUUAAUUUCUAAUGAGAAAUAUAAACGAAUUGAGGAAUUUGAAGAAACCAUUGAGAAUCAGAAAGUAAUUUUUGUAACUGUUGAAUCAAAUGACAUAAAAUCAAAAGAAGAAAAAAUUAUAAACAUUGUGAAUAAGCUAAAUGAUAUUUAUAUGGAUGGUGUUAAUUAUUUUGUUGAAGAAUAUUAAAAAGCAAUUCAUUUUCUUCAUACUUUUCUAAUAUUUGAAUGAAUCUCUAUUUAAAUUUACUAUUAAGAAAGAAACUACAAAUGUUUCAAGAGAAAAUAUCACACAAUAAUUUAUAAAAUCCCAGUCAAAAUUCUAAAGAACAUU